GGGCUUGUGUCAGAAGAGAUGGAGCGGUGGGUGCAGGUCAAUAGAGGGUCGGCUCAGUUUGGCACAGACUCCGACUCUCGAGAAAGUUUGGAACUGGUUUGAGCCAUGCCUGCCUGUUGCGACCGGUCUUAAGGAGAAGCGCUGCCUGCGCCAUGGUUGUAUUGUCGGCGUCAUUUUGUCCGCGAGUUGGCCAAAGGCGGCACGCGGCGCUGACUCGCGGUCAUGACGACGGCCAGGCUGAUGCGAGUGCUGGUAGUUUGUGCCGUCAUACACUCUGGCUUCCAGAUAUCACAGGAUGACCAGACACGAAGGGGCCGCUUCUGGGGCAUAUUUAGCUCACUGUUCAAUACCCCACAGCCGAAACAGCCGAACCGCUGUCAGGGACAACUGUGCAACAUUGUGUUUGUGACUCCCGUCACUGCGAAGCCGGCCCCCAGGCCUCAUGUAGCGGUAAUCAGGCCUUAUGUACCAGCAAUCAAGCCUCAUGUAGCAGCCUCGGUGCACACGCCCCCACAAAUCCAGCCUCAUGCCGCAGCAGUCAAGCCCCACGUAGCAGCCUCUGUGCACACGCCUUCAACAAUCAAGCCUCAGUGUUCGGCGUACCAGCCGUGCGCCACCGGCCACUGCCACGGCGGGCGCUGUGUGAUCUGCGCGCACGACGCGCACUGCGGCGCCGGUCUGGUGUGCGCUCACUACCAGUGUGUGCCCUGUGCACGCGACGAGCACUGUGCUGGAGCCGCCGUCUGCGAGCGGCAGCAGUGCGUGCGCUGCCGCGGCGACCGCGACUGCCCGCGCGGCCACGCCUGCCGGCAGCAGCAGUGUCAGCGCAGCGCCGAGUGUCUCACCGCCGCCGACUGCCCCGCCGGACGCUUCUGUGAGAAGGAGAAGUGCGAGAAGAAGCGGCCGACGCUGUCGCCCUGCUCGGAGGACGGCCAGUGCUGGUCCAAUAUCUGCCAGCGCGGCGAACGCUGCGUCGACUGCAACGGCUCCGGCGACUGCCCGGCCGGCUUCUUCUGCGACUUUUUCCGGUGCCGCCCGCUGGGGCUGUUCGACGAGUCGUGCCGGGCAGACGACCACUGUCUGUCGAACCGCUGCAGCCGGCUCAACCGCUGCGUACUCUGCGAGACGAAGGCCGACUGCGCGACGACAGAGUUCUGCUCCACCGAGGGUGUGUGCCAGGCACAGGGCAACCUCCUCGACCUGUGUUACCACAACGAGGAGUGCCGCAGCAGCAUGUGCGGGGCCAGCGGGUACUGCGUCCAGUGCCGCCGCCACACCGACUGUCCGACCAGCAUGACCUGUGCGAGCGGCGUGUGUCAGGUGGGCGGAACUGGCGGCGGUGACCGCUGAGAGCCGCGACAGCGAGAGGCGGCGCCGGGGUAGACUGUGCUAACUGAGGGUCAACUGUCCGCUGAACUAGUCAGCUAGGCCAAAC